AUGGAGUUCGGCCUGCUCAGCGAGGCGGAGGCCCGAAGCCCGGCCCUCUCGCUGUCAGAUGCGGGCACUCCCCACCCACCCCUCCCCGAACACAGCUGCAAGGGCCAAGAGCACAGCGACUCGGAGAAGGCCUCGGCUUCGCUGCCCGGCGGCUCCCCCGAAGACGGCUCGCUGAAGAAGAAGCAGCGACGGCAGCGCACCCACUUCACCAGCCAGCAGCUGCAAGAGCUGGAGGCGACCUUCCAGAGGAACCGCUACCCCGACAUGAGCACGCGCGAAGAGAUCGCGGUGUGGACCAACCUCACCGAGGCCCGCGUGCGGGUGUGGUUCAAGAACCGGCGCGCCAAGUGGCGGAAGCGCGAGCGCAGCCAGCAGGCGGAGCUGUGCAAGGGGGGCUUCGCCGCGCCACUCGGGGGGCUGGUGCCGCCCUACGAGGAGGUGUACCCCGGCUACUCGUACGGCAAUUGGCCACCCAAGGCGCUCGGCCCGCCGCUCGCCGCAAAGACCUUCCCGUUCGCCUUCAACUCGGUCAAUGUGGGGCCUCUGGCUUCGCAGCCCGUCUUCUCGCCACCCAGCUCCAUCGCCGCCUCCAUGGUGCCCUCGGCCGCAGCCGCCCCGGGCGCCGUGCCAGGGCCCGGGGCUCUUCAGGGCCUGGGCGGGGGACCCCCCGGGCUGGCUCCCGCCGCAGUGUCCUCCGGGGCAGUGUCCUGCCCUUACGCCUCGGCCGCUGCAGCCGCAGCUGCAGCCGCCUCCUCCCCCUACGUAUAUCGGGACCCGUGUAACUCGAGUCUGGCCAGCCUGAGGCUCAAGGCCAAACAGCACGCCUCUUUCAGCUAUCCCGCCGUGCCCGGGCCGCCCCCGGCCGCCAACCUCAGUCCGUGCCAGUACGCCGUGGAACGGCCUGUAUGA